UGUAUUUUUUUAAUUUUGAUUUUUCAAUGAUAAUUGUAAUUUUUAUAGAGUCAUACUCUGUUCAUUGGAUUUUUUUUCCGCAUAAUUCUGGCCACACUUGUAAAAUUCGGAAACGGCAUUUAAUUAUUAAAAUAAAAUUUUAUUGAAAUCCAAACAAUAAAUAAACCAAAAAUAGAGACAUGCGUUUGGGACUUGGGAAUGAGUGGCUGUACUGGUGUCGCCUUUGCGCCCGCGACGAUCCAGAAGUCGAUUUGCACGAUGACUCUCAAGACGAGGACUUUGUCAGGACAGUAAGCAAAUGCUUUGACGUCGAGAUGCUUCUUGAAGAGCCAGAACUAGGCAGUAUGCUCUGCAAGACAUGCCAUGCGCUGGUUAGCCAAUUAAUCAGUUUUUCCGAAAGUGUCAAUAAGGUUCAGGCCAUCUUCGAGCUCUUGCGUCACACAGAGCCCCAUGAUUCGAUAAACAUAGCCGCAUUGAGGCAAGAGUAUGGCUUACCAGUCAGUUGUAAACUGGAAGAUGACUAUCUUGAAAACAAUUUAAAUAUACCCCAGGAGGAUGGGGAGAGUCAGAUUCCUUUAAAAUGCUCCAUUGGUAGAAUUAGGCCAGUGGACAAAUUUGGGAAUAAGCUAUAUUCAAAGAAAAAGAUUUUAAUUGGAAUUGAUUCUUCAAGCUCAUCAGCACAGCAAUCAAAAAAUCCACAGGGACGACCUAAAGAAAAGACUUUUCCAAAACACUUUGUGGAGCCAGGACCAAAGGAGGAGUUCAAAGACAACAUUCACGGUGGUUUGAGGCUGUUUGUAUGCGACUGUUGCGGUAAGCAGUUAAAAACGUUCUCAUCUUUGGUGGAGCAUAAGCUAGUGCAUACGGAUGAAAAACCUUGCAUCUGUACCAUUUGUAACGCUGGCUUUAAAAAUAAAGCCAGACUUAAAGUACACAUCCAAACACAUGGAGAACCCAGCUUUGUAUGCAACAUCUGCGGGAAGAAACUUCAAACUCGAGCUAUUCUUAACAAGCAUAAAUAUGUACACAUAGAGGAAAGACGCUUUAAGUGCGACAUAUGUUAUACUGGCUGCAAGAAUUCCACGGCCAUGAAAAUUCACCUAUUGGGUCACAUAGGACUGCGGCCGUAUGUUUGUGAAUACUGUGGAAAGUCUUUUGCAAGCAAUACAAACUGCAGAUCACACAAAUGGAAGAAGCAUUCGGCCGAAGCUGCCUUGGAGGAUGAAAAUAAAUCAUCACGUGUUCCAGUUCCAACACUAGAGGAACUGAGAGCAAUAACCCGUGAGAUUGCAAAAUCGAAAAAGGCAUAA